CUUUCUCAUUUGGUGCCUGCAUGCAUCACGUGUUUUAUGUUGCUGUUGUUCUCAUGCUGUUCUGGAUUGAGAGCUUUCGGCAAAUUCUAGAAUCGGAAGCGGCGGCGGUGGUGUUCAUAAUGUGUGCGGUAGUGAAAAUUCCAGAGCAAGAAAAAUUAUCGAAAUCCUAGCGAAGGCAUCAGUGGUGCGUUCGCAAGGGUUGAUCUCGGUGAACGAGUAUUAAUCGUCACAAAACAGCGUGCGGCGUAGAGCGAAACGGCGUUUACAAAACGUUACAUGCACAAUGGAAGGGAACAAACGUCGGAAAGAAAAGGAAAAUGCAUGCAAAGAAGCUGAGUGCAAACCUGAGAAAAAAAGAAUUCUGAAGUAUGACUGGAGCCAGACACGCUCUGAAGUUAGUAUUGUUCUGGAUGUCGGCGCAUCUGUUGACUCGAACCAAGUCUCGCUGAAGUCCACAGAGGACCACUGCUCUGUCACACUGCCCGAUGGGCGACACUGGGACUGUGAUCUGUUUGCACGUGUAGUGCCAGAUUGUGCGAGCCUGGCUCAGAAGGCGAAGAAGAUCACUGUGAAAAUGGUGAAGGAAGAUCCAAACGUGACAUGGAAGCAACUAGAAAAAGAAAUGCCAGGGGACAGCACGCCCCCUACUAUAGAAGAUGUGGGAAAUGCAGAGAAACCAAACGUCAUAUGCGACGUGGUAAACCCGAAGUUCGACUACUAUGAAAGUGGGGUUAGCAGAGAUGCAGUGACAGUCACGCUGUUUGUUAAAGGCAUCCUCAAGGAAUCGUUGCAAGUCAGAUUUGGAGAGCACAGUUUUUCUGUGAUGUUCCAGCUGAGGGACAGCAAUGUGGAAUUUUUCAAGCAGUAUAAUGCGCCACAUGAUGCAACGUUCCUGUGGCACCUGAACGUUAGGGAAGAAAUAAAACCUGAAGUGUGCAAGUUCCGACUGAGUACGCACAAGCUGGAAUUAACUCUCGUCAAGAGGAUUGCUCAGAAAUGGCCUUCUCUCGAAGCUCCCGAGGAGAAAAGUGCGGGAAGCUCCCCCAGCAAUAUGUGGGUGCCUGUAUCAAAGAGCCCCCUGCCUCCCCCCCACUCUGAGAAUAGUGGAGGAGAAGGUCCCCAGCUGUUGUCGUCAGAGGACCCUGGACCAGUUGAGGACGCGGCAGAGAUGAACUCUGGAGAUGCUGGCAACUUCACUCCCAGGAAAGGAGAACCUGCUAAGAGGCCAACGUGCACGGUGUCCCCCCAGCUCGUACACGGAAGCUACCCGGCGCUGGGUCCUGUCGCUCUCGGGCACACUGGAUUGGACAAUGUCGGCAACACCUGCUUCAUGAACAGCGUCCUGCAAUGCCUAGCCAACACCCGAGAGUUUCGUGACUAUUUUCUCAGUGGAGCCUUUCAAGCAGAAAUCAACCGCGACAAUCCUCUUGGGAUGCAUGGCGAACUGGCUGUGGCCUUUGCCGUACUUCUGCGUCUUCUGUGGUCUGGUACGCAGAAGUCAUUGGCUCCUUCUCGUCUCAAGAGUUUAAUCAGUGUCAAGGCACCUCAGUUCACUGGGUUUGCUCAGCACGAUGCUCAAGAGUUCAUGGCUUUCCUGCUCGAUGGCCUCCAUGAGGACCUGAACAGGAUCCAGUCAAAGCCAUACAUUGAAAAUGCUGAGUCUGAUGGACGCCCAGAUGAAGUCGUCGCUGAGGAAUCAUGGAAGAGGUACAAGCUUCGAAACGACUCCAUUGUCGUCGACCUGUUUCAAGGGCAGUACAAAUCCACCGUAGUGUGUCCAGUGUGCCACAAGGUGUCCAUCAACUUUGACCCAUUCCUCUACCUGUCAGUACCACUUCCAAAAAAGCUGAAGAUGUUUUCAGUGCUCUUUUUCUACAGAGAUCCAUACAAAAAUCCAGUUAGGUUGGUUCUACAACUGUGCUAUGAUGCAAGGGUGGAAGACAUGAAGGACGAAAUUUUCCGCAAGACAGGGGUCCAGCCCAAGAAUCAACGAGUUUUGGAAGUGUACAAUAGAAAAAUAUACAAGUUCUACAGCAAGGGUGAUUCUCUAACCGACAUCAACCCUAAAGACCAAAUAUUUGUGUUUGAAGUUCUUGAUAAGGAAAUAGCCAAGGAGUCUGUAGCUGAGGUUGCUGUAGUACAACGUGUCUUGAUGCCAUAUUCUGUCACAAUGUGCUCUUCAUGUGGGAAGGAAUGCGUAGCUGAGCAGGAAAAAUUGAAGAGGUGCACACGGUGCUUCCGUGUGGGCUACUGUAACCAGACAUGUCAGAAGAAUCACUGGGCACAGCACAAGACAUCGUGCAAGUUCAGUCCAGAAUUGGUCGGGCAACCAUUUGUGCUGAGCAUUCCUGAGUCGCAGGCCACGUUUUCCAACCUUUGCCGCCUCAUGGAAGUAUAUUCCAGGCAUUCUGUGAAUGUGUUCCAGCCACCCGUAGAAGCGACGAAGCACACAUUCUCAGCAUCGCAUUCGUCUACACUAACUACCAGUAUCAGCAGCACAGGAGAUCUGCAAGACAAUCGGCUGUGCGACGAAGAGAACAAAUCGGAAAAGUCUGCACACGAGUCCUGCGGGGAUAUUAUGGACGAAAAUAGCACAGACAGUGCUGAUAAGUGGUCGGUGUCGUCGCUGUCUACACUGACGUCGGCCACAACACAUCCACUCCCAGUGGAUAGCACUCAAGUAAUGCACAGAAUGGAUGAUGCCACAAGCAACAGCGAAAUGUGCAUGUUUAACAUAGUCCCUGUGAACCCAUUUGGUGAAAGUCACAUUAAUAAAGCCGUGCGAGCUUUUGAAGACAAAGGAAAUGAACCCUUGGAUCUGACUAGUGUGUACCACUUGGCAAUGGAUUGGAAAAACGACAGACGACAAGGAAGCUACGUACUCGUGGAAUCAAAGGACAUUGAAUAUACCAUAGCUGAUGGGGAACCUAGUUACGGAGCAUUCGACAAUGACAAGAUAACACUGGACCAGUGUCUGCGGCUCUUCACGGAACCUGAAGUGUUAAGCCCUCAGGAAGCGUGGUACUGCCCUUCGUGCAAGGAGCACCGUCAGGCAACCAAAGAACUCUCACUGUGGCGUCUUCCUGUUGUCCUCAUAAUACAGCUGAAGAGAUUCUCUUUCACUCGCCUCAUCUUCCGCGACAAAAUUGACAAGAUGGUCGAAUUUCCCAUUUCGGGCUUGGAUGUGAGCUCCUACUGCUGCAGUCCCAUCACUAAAGAAGGUGAUCCGCCGUUGUACGACCUUUUUGCUGUCAUCAACCAUCAUGGUGGCAUGCUGGGUGGUCACUACACAGCUUUUGGCCGCUGUACUGACCUGUCGAAUACUGAGGCCAGUGAAGUGGGUUGGCGAUUGUUCGACGACAGCCGAGUCAUCCCUUUCCCAGAGAACAAAGUGCCAACGUCGUCAGCUUAUAUGUUGUUCUACCGCAGGAGAGGUGUUGACUUCCAUGUACAAAACACAAUGAAAACUUCCAACAUUGGUGCAAGUGUUCCACUCGCUUCCAAGAAGCUCCAGAAAGACAGGGAAAACCUACUCGAUAGAGAAUUUGCUGCUCAGCAGGCUGUAGAUAGCAACUUGUACGAACACACGCCUUCCGUUCCAUCAAGAGAUGAUCUUGCGAGCAUCAUGAGUAACCUUGCCUACAGCCCUACAAGCGACAUCGACAGUGUGGACUGAGAUACUGUGCUUGGGCAAUGUUACUACUGCCAGCUCAUGAGAUGCAAGACUUGGUGUCCUUGCUUUGUCCGACAUCCGGUAUUUAAUACCUCCGUAAAUUGUCUACCUUGUGGUGUGACCUUUACUGACACCAUUGCCUUUCUUUUGACAAUAGAGAGCAAGUCUUCCCUUGCACCUUUCCUAGUAUGCAGAUCGUUAUUUACCUCAGGCCUUUUCUUGAGCAAAAAAACCCUACUGGUCAGGGCUUACCAUGCAGAAAACAAUAAAUUUUUUUCCUUUUUC